CUACGGUCAAUGUCAGUCAAAGCUACCCGUCCUCUUCCCCCACCCGCCUCUCCGACCCUCCGGCCCAGCAAACCCUAGCUUUCCCCACCUCCCUUCCGGAGCCUUCCAUGGCCGACGGCGAUCCGGAGCCGGCGCCGGCUGAGGAGAAGCGCCCAGACCCGGCGAUUGCCGAGGUGGAGGAGACGCGCCUGCCGCCGGCGGAGGCCCCCGGGGUUCCGGCCGAGGAGAAGCGCCCGACACCAGAGGCGGCGGCGGCCGAGGCGGAGAUGUGCCCGCCGCCGGAGCCACCCGGGGUGGCACCGUCCGUGGUGGACCCGGAGAAGGAGGCGCGUAAGAAGACGGAGUCGGAGGCGAAGAACGGGGAGAAGGUGGAGGCGAAGGAGAAGGGGAAGAAAUAUGAUGAGGGGAAGAUAGAGGGGAAGGCUGAGGCGGAAGCGGAGGGGAAGGGGAAGGUGCCUGUGGAGGGUAAGGAGAAGGAAGUCAGGGCGACCAGGCGGCCGGCUGGGGCCAGUGCGGAAACAUCCAUCCUCGCGGUGCCGGUGGUGGCCGUGCCAUGCUUCAUCGUGCCUCCGGGGUUCCCGGGCCACUUUACGAUGAGUCAUCAAGCAGCUUUGGCGAGUGUUACAGCUCAGGCACAAAUGCAGCUGCAAUCACCAACCUCAUCUGCGUGUUCGGAAGCGCCAUCAAGUCCAUUUUAUAUAACACCUAAAGCCCUAGUGCCACUGCAGCAAGCUCUGCCAGUAACUGAAGGAAGUGUUUGUAGUCCAAUGGCAGACAAGUCAUUAUCAUCUGAGUCAAAAUCGCAUCACCAUGUUGUUGUAAAUAUGGUGGCUGAUGGCUUCAACUGGAGGAAAUAUGGUCAGAAGCAAGUGAAAAGUAGUGAUAAUUCCAGGAGUUACUAUAGAUGCACUAACUCAGGUUGUUUGGCUAAAAAGAAGGUUGAGCAUUGCCCUGAUGGCCGCGUUGUGGAAAUUAUAUAUAGAGGAGCACAUGACCAUGAACCCCCACAAAAGACCAGAUUUGCUAAAGAAAGAGUGGUUCCUAUUGGUGUUCCCUCUGGAGACGAAACCUUGCGACUUGUGAGCACAGAUAUUGUAGAAUCCCGUACACCUACAUAUAAGUUAGACCAGAGUGCUGCCUCUGAAACUUCUGAGCAGCAUCUCUUUUGCUCAAGUGACUGUGAAGGGGAUGCUGGUAACAAAUCCGAGGAUGAACAUCCUAGUGCAGAGCCCCAGCUGAAGCGAAGGACAGUCAAAACCACAACACAUAACUUAACCCCGGUUCUCAGAACUGUUAGAGAGCAAAAGAUUAUGGUGCAGGCUGGAAAGAUGAGUGAUGGAUACAGAUGGCGUAAGUAUGGACAAAAAAUUGUGAAGGGUAAUCCAAACCCCAGGAGUUAUUACCGCUGCACACAUGGUGGAUGUCCUGUCCGUAAGCAUGUUGAGAAAGCACCAGAUGAUGUUAACAAUAUCGUAGUGACUUAUGAAGGUAAACACAACCAUGAUGAACCAUUUAGAAGCAGCAGGGAGUUGAUAGACAUACCACUUUCUGUGGUCACUCCACCAGCAACAACGACUGAGCAACCCAACACAUCAACCUCAUCAUCAGUGAUAACUUCAUCAGCGACGGCCACUGAUCAACCCAACACAUCAACCUCAACACCAGAUGAGAAACCUCCAACCGGCACACAGAAGGAUGCCGCCUGUGAGUCCGUUAAGGACACCGCUUUUGAACUUGGAGGCAAGAAGGUGCUUGAAUCGGCACAGACACUGCUCAGCAUCAGAACUAAUUCUGAUGACAUGAAGAAUUCUGUCAUGAAAGAGACUUCUGCUGCAGUUCCUGUCCAAAACAGUUGAUUCUGUUGGGAUAGGGUGAUUGAUAUUUAUUGGUUUCGUGAUCUGUUAUUGUGUUAGCAUGUGUAUGAGAUGAGGGUUGGCAUUCGGCAUUAUGUGGAGCUCUGGUGAGCAUUUGACGAAGCAUUAGGUUCUGGAAGCCAUGACCAGUUUCCUCGUAUAGAUUUUCAAUCCCUAGUGUGUAUAGGUACUGUAUUUCUUACGGAGGCUAAGCAACAAGGACCCCAGAUGACGUGUAGGGGUGCUCUUUAGAACAAUCUUUGUUGUACUGUUCUAGUUUGAUUUAUUGCUAAGCAACAAGGAAUGGACAUGAUGUAUGCUGUUUGCAGUUUAUAAUAUCUGCACCAUUUGCUAA